GUCAUCAGCAAAGAUGAGCGAAAGAAAGUUUACCCGCGGCCUAGGUAAACCGGGCAUGGCCGCUCAAUUACGAGAAACCGUCUCUCAGGUAGUACGUGAGAGCACCGUACAGAAUAAGCCACAUCUUGUAGAACCUAUAGAUUUCGAAAGUUUUGUAUUAAAGAAUAAAACUUUAUUACAAAAUGAUCCUCAAAGAGAGCUUCUAUUAUAUCCUCAGGAUGAUGUAUCACAAGUGGUAUUACCUAGAAGAUAUCGUACUCUUGUACCAACAGUGCCACAAGCUUCAGAUAAUGAAGAAGGAGGAGAAAAUCUACUUACAAAAGAAUGUUUACGAAGUUACACAUCUAAUUGGAAUCUCAUACACUAUAAAUAUUCAGCAUAUAGUGGAACUUAUCUUGAGUUACCCAAAAUAGCAAAAACAGAUGAUCUGAAAGAUGAAGUAUAUGAAAUUGAUACAGAAGUAGACCAAGUUGAUGAGGAAUUAACAAAGAGUAAUGGAAUAACAAAAGAAGGCUAUUUAAUGAAAGGACCAGAAAUUGGUAGUAGUGAUCGCAUGUUUGCAAAUAUUGGUUCAAAAUCAUUCAAGAGAAGAUUCUGUCAUCUUCGACAAGAAGUCGAUGGCACAUACAUUCUUGAACUUUUUAAAGAUGAAAAAAAGGGUGAAGCUAAAUUAACAAUAGUUAUGGAUUUUUGCACUGAAGUUGUGAGGAAUCCAAAACGCGGAAGAUAUUGUUUUGAAUUAAGAAUGAGCGGGACUCAUAAAUCAUAUACCUUAGCAGCAGAAAAUGAAACAGAUAUGCAGGAUUGGUUAUUAAAGUUAAGCUCAGUAUUACAGCAUUAUAAACAACAAGAAGAAAAACGUGCUGCUUCACUAGAAAGAGCAUGCAAUACUCCUCCUCCUUCUCCUCAACCUAUGCAGGUUUAUGGAACACUUAAAGGUUUGGAACAAAGUAUGAAUCCACAAUUGAUAAAAUAUUCUAGAGAAACAGAUACUAGCAUAGCAUUAGCAAGACGAGAAAGUCGUAAACAAUUGUUUAAUAUUUAUCCUUAUAUUCCGCAUACUAAACAACAACCAGGCAACUGUAUUGAACAGAAUAUUGAUCCAUAUAAAGAACAAUUUGGGCAAAGAAUUUUUGUAAAAUGUGAAAGUCUUAAAUUUAGAUUACAAGCACCAAUAGAUGAAAAGGAAUCGUUGUGUCAGGUGGAACCAUAUCAAACUACCCUAAGUCUUUAUGAUGCAAGAAAUGGUAGAAAAUUAACUGAAAAUUUUCAUUUUGACAUUAAUAAUGAGGUUGUUCAAGGACUGGUAAAAGAAUUAGGUCCUGUAGGUAUCAUGACAGAAUCUACAGAAAAUGGUAAAUUACCAGAUGACUUAAAAAAUAUACCUUUAGAUUGGAUUAAAUAUCCAAAACAGGCCAUAUUUAGUAUUAAUAAUCCACAUCCUGAUAUAUUUUUGGUUGUAAGAAUAGAUAAAAUAUUACAAGGGAAUAUAUGCCAAACUUCUGAACCAUAUUUAAGGGCUACAAAAGAUCCACGAUUAGGUUUAAAAGUACAUAAACAAGUUAGAGCUUGUUGCCAAAGAUUGGGAAAUUAUAGAAUGCCAUUUGCUUGGGCUGCUAGACCAUUAUUUAGAUUAUAUAGUAAUGAAUUAGAUACAUCGUCAGACUUUCCUGCCAUAUAUAGGCAAGAAGGGAAUAAAAUAAAAGAUGAAGAAUUACUCAAACUUCUUUCAGAGUAUAGAAAACCUGAAAAACUUAGUAAAUUGACUGUGAUACCUGGUUGGUUGAAGAUAAAAAUUGAGUCAAUUACAGAUUUACCUGACAAUACAUUAUCUACGUCUUUAGCAGCUUUAAAGCCAUUUCCAUUACCGCCGAUAUCUGAACCAACUCUUGAAAUUGCAGAAUUCGAAAGUACUUCAGAGAAAGAUGUUCAUCCAUAUACAACUUAUAUUAAUCAUCUUUAUAUAUAUCCACAGACUCUUUGUUUCGAUACUCAAAAAAUAUUCACCAGAGCCAGAAAUAUUGCGUGUAUUGUUGAAUUACGAGAUGACGAUAGUGAAAGUGCCACACCCUUAAGAUGUAUAUAUGGAAGACCUGGUGCUCCACCUUUAUGUUUACGAGCAUCUUGCGCAGUUUUACAUCAUAAUGCAGUUCCUUCUUGGUACGAAGAAAUUAAAAUACGGCUACCAUCGAAACUUCAUGUUAAACACCAUUUACUUUUUUCUUUCUAUCACAUAAGUUGUGAUAUGAAUAAGAAAAAAGAAAAUGGCGUUGAAAAUUGUGUUGGUUAUGCUUGGUCUCCCUUGUUGCAUAAAGGAAGAUUAAACGUGGAUAUGGAUAUGAAUGUACAAACACUGCCUGUAGCAACACAUUUACCACCAGGAUAUCUUUCAAUACAACCUCUUGGGCUAGGAAAAGGGAAUGCAGGUCCGGAAAUUAUAUGGGUUGAUUCUCAACGGCCAGUAUUUACAGUAGCGUUUCAAUUGAUUUCAACUGUAUUUACACGUGAUCUACAUUUACAUAAUUUAUUUGCUCAUAUGGAACGUAUCUUAGAUACAAAACUCGGAGCAGUACCAGCAGACUCGGAAACAUGCAAAAUAUUAAAAGCUGCUCAUGCAGUGCAAUUAGUUACUGUCAUUACAUUUCUUCCCACUAUAUUGAAUCAGUUAUUUACAUUGCUAACUUGUACUACGAAUGAAGAAGUUGGAUUGUAUAUUAUAAGGGUUUUAAUACAUUUUAUAAAUAUGGUACAUGAAGCUGGUAGAAAAGAAACACUCCAAGCUUAUAUUAAGUUUGUUUUUGUACCACCUUCUCAAGGAAACGGUUUUAUAACAGUUCAUGAACAACUGGGAAAACAUCUUCCUACAUUAUUAAAGCCAAGUAAUACUGACUUUUUAGUAGUAAAUAAAUUUAUGCAUCACUCUAGUUUUUUUUUUGAAAUAAUGAUUAAAAGUAUGGCACAGCAUUUGCUUUCAACAGGAAGGAUAAAAAUGCAUAGAAAUGAAAGAUUCUCAAAAGAAUACCAUGAAAAAGUUCGAAGUUUAGUGGAUGUUAUUAUGCCUUACCUUAUGAAUAAGUAUAAAGAAAUGCCUGUUGAAACUCAUGAAUUAAACAAAAGUCUUGCACAAUUUUUAAAGCGAUGUCUUACAUUUAUGGAUCGUGGAUUUGUUUUCUGUUUAAUCAAUUCAUAUAUGGACAAUUUUUCUCCUGGAGAUCAACGAACAUUACAUGAUUUCAAAUUUACAUUCUUACAAAUAAUCUGUUCACAUGAACAUUAUGUAUCUUUCAACUUACCAAUGAUGCACUCACGAAUUACAUCCAGAGAAGAUACAGAGAGUGAUCCAGAAUGUGAUGAUUUAAUGAAUGAAUAUUGUUUAUCAGAAGAUUUUUGCAAACAUCAUUUCUUAGUUGGACUCUUAAUGCAAGAAGUUAGAACAUCUUUAAAUGAAAUUAUACAAAUUCGAAAAGUAGCAAUAGCUACAUUAAGAGAUUUAAUGGCAAAGCAUGAACUUGAUGAGAGGUACCAGAACAAGGGUCAAUUAAGUAGGAUAGCAUCUAUUUAUAUACCAUGGCUAGGUAUUGUAUUAGAAAAUUUGCAUCGGUUGCAAUCGAUCCACGAUAAUAGUAAAACAGAAAUUAAACAAAAUGGAAUCAAUAGAAUUUCUACUAGUAGUUCAUUCUUGGCAAAUAAAGAUACUGCAAGUAAUACUACAACUACUGGAACUCCAAAAUCAAUUCAUAGGCUUACAUUACAUUUGGAGACUCAAUCACCAAUAAGAGCAUCUAUGCACUUACGGGAUUCUACAUAUCUCGCAGCCAUAGCAGGACAAGGCUUAGUUAAUGGAUAUUCUUGUACUAGUAUAGAAUCAGAUACGUCCACAAUAUCGGGCGCUUCUCAAUCGAAUAUAUCUCAAGAAACGACCAUUAUUCGUGAACCUAUUGAAAACGGUACUGGAGAGAAAAAAAGACAUUCUCGUUCUUUAAGUGUUACACAAUCGUCACCAAGAUGCGAUAAAUUGCAGUCGUCGGAAGUUAAAGAUAUCUUACUUUGCUUCUUAUUUGUGAUAAAAUAUUUGGGUGAUCAUCAAGUUAUUGCUUGGUGGCAACAAUGUAGCGAUUGUGAAAUUUUAAGUUUCUUUACAGUAAUAGAAAUGAGUCUUUAUCAUUUCAAAUAUGUUGGAAAAAGACAAAUAGCUACAAAUAUGGCAAAUAAUUCUGGAAAGCCUCGAACAGUGAAAGCAAUGACAUUACCAGCCAGAAUGGCACCUCCUGAUUUUUCUAACGAAGGACCCGCUACUAGUACUUUACAACCGCAUAAUACUACUGCAAGGGAGAAUCUUGUUGAAAGUGAUAGUGGAAAGAUGCAUCAAGCUUUAUUAGAAGCGAAUAUGGCGACAGAAGUUGGUCUCAUUGCAUUGGAUUGUUUAGGACUAUUUUGUAUUCAUUUUAAGGAUGUACUUUUAGCAACCGAUGGUGAUAACCCCAUAAUGCAGAAAGUAUUUAGUAUAUAUUUAUCGUUUUUGCAAGUUGGGCAGUCUGAAACAUUAUUGCGUCAUGUAUUUGCUAGUUUUAGAGCUUUUUUAAAUAAUUAUUCUAUAAUUCUAUUUCAAGGAAAUGCAAUUCUGUGUGGACGCUUAUGUUAUGAAUUAUUACGUUGUUGCAAUAGUAAGUUAAGCUCUAUUAGGCAGGAAUCCUGUGCUUUACUUUAUCUUCUUAUGAGAAGUAAUUUUGAGUUUACUAGUAGGAAAGGAUUGACUAGGGUCCACUUGCAAGUAAUAAUAUCCGUUUCUCAAAUGCUUGGAAAUGUUAUUGGAUUGAAUAAUUCAAGAUUUCAAGAAUCGCUAUCAUUAAUAAAUAGCUAUGCUUCAUCUGAUAAAGUAAUGAAAGGCACUGGUUUUCCAGUGGAAGUUAAAGAUCUUAAUAAAAGAAUUAGAACAGUUUUAAUGGCUACAGCUCAAAUGAGAGAACAUAACAACGAUCCUGAAAUGUUGGUAGAUUUACAACAUAGUUUGGCUAAUUCUUAUGCUAGUACACCAGAAUUAAGACACACAUGGUUAGAAACAAUGGCUAGAAAUCAUGCAAGGGAUGGUAAUUUUUCAGAGGUAUAUAUCCUAAAAUUAUUUUUCCUUUCUAUUUUUUUUUUUUUUUUUUUUUUAAAUUAUACAUGGGGAGCAGAAGCCUUUGACAAAAUUUCUGAAAACAUUUCUAGAGAUGAAUGUAGUCUUAAACUUGAUGCUGGUGAGAUUUGUGUGCAAGACAUUCAUUACAACGAAUACAUACUUCUUGAACAAUUAGAAAUUUGUGCUGAAAUGUUGGAAAAAGCAGAACGAUUUGAACUUCUAGGACAUCUGUACAGAUUAAUAGUUCCUAUGUACGAAGAAAAACGAAAUUAUGAAGCUUUAGCAAAUUGUUAUUCUCACUUGGCACAAGCCUGUAACAAAAUUGUUGAAGUUACAAAAUCUGGAAAAAGACUUCUUGGAAGAUUUUAUAGGGUUGCAUUUUUUGGCUCAGCGUAUUUUGAGGAUGAAAAUGGACAAGAGUAUAUUUAUAAAGAGCCAAAAGUUACAUCUUUAUCAGAAAUUUCAGAACGUCUCCAUCAUUUAUAUUCUGAAAAAUUUGGUUCAGAAAAUGUUAAAAUGAUAAUGGAUUCCGUACCUAUCGAUAUAUCUGAAUUAGAUCCAAAAAUAGCAUAUAUUCAAGUCACGCACGUUACACCUUAUUUUGAAAAAUAUGAAUUAGAAAUACGACAAACAGAAUUUGAACAGAAUCAUAAUGUAUCAUGUUUUAUGUUUGAAACUCCAUUCACUAAAGAAGGGAAAGCAAGAGGUAGUCCAGAAGAACAAUGGAAACGUAGAACAAUUCUUACAACACAAUAUUCUUUCCCAUAUAUCAAAAAACGCAUUUUGGUAGUUGAAAAACGAAUAAUGGAACUGAGUCCAAUUGAAGUUGCUUUAGAUGAAAUGCGACAACGUGUCCAAGAAUUGGAAGAUGUAGCUCUUAUAGGUCCAACAGAUGUGAAAAAGCUGCAAUUAAGAUUGCAAGGAAGUAUAUGCGUUACGGUAAAUGCUGGACCACUUGCAUACGCUUCAGCAUUUUUAGAUCCUGCACUGUCUCCACAAUAUCCAGAUGAUAAAGUUGAAGAAUUGAAAGAUGUUUUCAGGGAAUUCGUUAAAAUAUGUUACACAGCAUUACAAAUAAAUAGCAAGUUAAUUACAUCUGAUCAGCAUGAAUAUCAAGAGGUGUUACGCGAGAAUUAUCAGAAACUUUGUCAAAGUUUAUCAUCAUUACUUGGAGAACCUAUUUGGCCUGAUGAACAAGUUGGAAAUUUUAAACGUAACAGCGCUGCUUUAUUUAGUGCUAUCAGUGGUGCUAGUAAUCACACAAGUACAGCUUAA